UGCGGCCGGGUUGCUACAGCCGGAGCUGGGCGGUGGCGGCGGCGGCGGCGGUAGCGGCGGUAGCGGCGGUGGCGGCGGGUGUUGGGGGAGAAAUCUCGGGGAUCCGAAGGUGGUGGCGCAAUGGAGGGACUGGAAGAAAAUGGAAGUGUCCAAGUAGGAGAAUUGUUACCUUGCAAGAUUUGUGGAAGAACGUUCUUUCCAGUGGCAUUAAAAAAACAUGGACCUAUUUGCCAGAAAACUGCCACUAAGAAGCGGAAGACUUUUGAUUCAAGCAGACAAAGAGCUGAAGGAACUGAUAUUCCAACAGUAAAGCCUCUUAAACCUAGGCCUGAACCACCAAAGAAACCAUCUAAUUGGAGAAGAAAACAUGAAGAAUUCAUUGCCACCAUAAGAGCAGCUAAAGGCCUUGAUCAGGCACUUAAAGAGGGUGGAAAACUUCCUCCUCCUCCUCCACCUUCUUACGAUCCUGAUUAUAUUCAGUGUCCAUAUUGCCAGAGGAGAUUUAAUGAAAAUGCAGCUGAUAGACAUAUUAAUUUCUGUAAAGAACAGGCAGCACGUAUUAGUAAUAAAGGCAAGUUUUCUACUGAUACCAAAGGAAAGGCGACUUCUCGGACACAGUAUAAGCCGCCUGCACUUAAAAAGUCAAAUUCUCCUGGAACUGUACCAUCAGGAUCUUCACGGUUACCACAACCAAGUGGCACUAGCAAAACUGUUGUAGGUGUGCCUUCAGGUAAAGUGUCUUCAGUUAACAGCUCUUUGGGAAACAAACUUCAGACCUUAUCUCCUUCCCAUAAAGGGAUAGCAGCCCCUCAUGUAGGAACUAACAUCAAACCUCGGAAUUCCACACCACCAAGUUUGGCAAAAAAUCCUUCCUCAGGUGUGGUUACAAACAAAAGAAAAACAUAUACUGAGAGCUACAUAGCCAGGCCAGAUGGAGACUAUGUAUCUUCACUUAAUGGCGGAAACAGUAAAGUCAUGGAAGGAAAUUCAACAGGACACUUACCAAAAUUCUGCCAUGAGUGUGGGACUAAAUACCCUGUAGAAUGGGCAAAGUUUUGCUGUGAAUGUGGCAUUCGAAGAAUGGUUCUGUGAAUAGAGCCCCAAAAAAGCUAAGUCCAGAAUUUUACGACUGUUGCUGCUUGGACAGCUAGAGCACUUCCUUUAGUGAUUUUAUGCUAAAAUUAUUCAAAAUACUUUUUUCAGCAAGUUUUGGAGCAUAAUUCUUUGGCUGUGAAAUGUGUGUGUAUAUAUAUAUGAAUGUGUACAUAUACUGUAUAUAAUAAAUACCUGAUACCCCAAACUGUGCCAUUCAAGGAAAUAGUCACUCAUCUGUCAGAGAAUAAUUUCAAGUGGAAUCAUUAACUUAGGUAUUACUUUUCUGUUAACAGUUGUUGAAGCACAUUAAGCAUACCUUCACAAAAUCAAAUGCUAGUGCUCAGCCCUUCAAGCUUUAGGAUGAUAGUUACUUUGAGGAAAAGUCAGAACAAACAUUUUUAUUAUUGGUGCCUAUUUUCACGUAAUAUAAGAUUGGAUGCUUGGAAUUUUGCAAACGAAGAGAGUAUUUUCAGUUGCAGUUAGUUAUGUAAGGUCAUUUUCCUGUAGAGCUGUUUUACAGUUAAUUUUAUAAAUAUUUUUAAAAGAGAGGAAUUCAACCUCUACAGGUCUAUGUUGUCCUUUACUCGAUAUAUCAUUAAUUAUAUAAUUUAGAGAUCUUUAUUUAUUCUUUAAAAUGUAAUUAUGCAAUUUCCUUUUCAGAGACAGACUAAAAAAUAUAAAUGUAUUUUAUUCUAGUUAUAACUUAAUGACUUUUUUUUACCUCUGUGUGUUAGUUGAAUGUAUAUUCUUUCUAUUUCUAUUGUGUCUCCAUAUUUCACUUUUUUCUUUUUCACUGCCUCAUGUCUGAGGAGUUUUAGUUUACUACUUCCUUAUUUUUGCAAAGUUUGAAAAUAAUUAUUUAAUGUAAGAGGCACAAGAUUUCUUGCAAAAUUCUACAUGUUCAUUUCUGUGUCUGAAUUUAGAAGAAAUUAUUUUAAUGGAUUUCAAAGCAAACCACCUGACCCUAAUAAAUAAUUUGGAUAAUUAAUCAUUAAUGCAGGGCAUGCAGGUAAAAAGUAUUAUUUUUUGAUUUCCCUUGAAGUAUAGUUAGAUGUAGUGAUGAGUUGGCUAGGGUCUAAUUUUUCCUACUUAUAUUUUCUGUUUAGUGUUUAAUAUUGAAAUACCAUUCACAUCACAGUAAAAAAAAAACAAAAACUGAAAAUGUACUGCUUUAAUGCACAGCUGACUUAUGUAAUAAACACUCACAAAAACUUAAUUAUACUUUAACUUUGGCUAAAGUACAGCUUUUAAUUGUUAUCACUUUCAAUGUGACAGUAUUUAGUAGUAGAUUCUUUGAUUGCCUGUGCAGCCCAGGCAAUAAUUCCUUAGUAAUUUCUGUUGAAUGGAGAGAAAACAGCUUUGAUCUUAUAAAGGUGUAAGCAAAUCUUCUAUAGGCCAUUUCUAAUUUCUCAUUUAUUAUUAUGAUCAACUGUGUAAGGGUUAAUGUAGAAAUUUGUGGCUUUUAAUUUUCUCUGAAAUUUAUUUAUGCUUAUACUUUAUAAUAGUAUUCAUUAGUGUUUUUGGUUUUGGUUGUUGUUGUUAUUGUUGUUUUCCAUUCAGGCAAGGGAUGUAAACUUUGAGGUAAUAGGAAUUGUCAUUUUAUGUAUCUUAUAGUUUCUUUCCUGACUUUUCAUUAACUUUUUUAAACUGAUUGUCUUUAUUUAGUCAUUGGUCUAAAAAAAAAGAGUCCAUUAACUAGAUUAAACUUUAAUUAAUUUAGGAGAAUAAUGUACAUAAAUUAGAUUUUCAUUUCAAUGAUAUAUGUUAUUCUGUCCUGUUAUAAAUCAUACAAAGAACUUUCAACUUUGUUUUCCCUGGAACUAAGCAUUAUUUUUCAUUUUCCAAGUUUGUUUUUGUUUUUUUUUAAGACCAUAUAAUUUUUACCCAAGGAAGGAGUAGGUAAAUGAGCUCAAAGUGGCACAUGUUUGUUUCUCACAAAAUUUUGCAGUAGCCAGUAAAUGUUAUAAUGUACUACAUGGAAAAUGAGUUGGUAAAAAAUCAUCCAAUUCUAGAACCCAGAGAUUAUUAUAAACAGUAAGUAGGUGAAGUACACUUAUGAAUUAUGAAACAUGUUGUGACAGUGUAUUUAAAUGCAUUUUUGUAUUACUUACAUAUAUUAUUCUCACAUUGAUUUGUUGUACAGUAGUUCUGUUUAUAAGAAAUUUUCCUAGAUCUAUGCAUCAUUUACUUUUUUAUUUAUUUUCACAAGUAUUUGCAGUGUGGUAGAAUUAAAAAAAAUGAUUGUAAGCUUAAAUUAAAAAUGUAAAAAUUGCUUAUAUAUUAUUCUGAAAGUCAUUAGCUUGAAAAAUAAGAUUAGUAUGGUUGCUGUUGUCUCUUGUCCACUCUGUUUUUUAUUACAAAUACUGUCUUCAUUUUUGAACCAAUUCAAUAAAGACAGAAAGCAAAAAAAAAAAAUUUUCAGUUG